CAUUUUCCCAACUGGCCCUCAACAGAUGAGGGAGGGACUUUGUGAGGAGAUAAAGGGUAUUACUGGCCAUUAGUGUCCUGUGGAUUAUCAUAAUCCAGCCCUAGUGCUGUCAGAGUGGCUACAGUAAAGUGCCUCAGUGUGGUCCUGUCACUGUGUAGGCUUGAAGAUGGAAUCCCAUGGACAGUGUAUUCUUUUGGCCCUCCUGCUUGUCUCCAACGUUCUAAUCCGUGUACACGCUCAGGAGGGGGAGGAAGUGACUGAGACAUGGACAGGACGAGCCUGUAAGUGUGACUGUGAGGGGUCAGAAUCCCCAACCCAGUUCACCUCCCUCUCCCCCACCCCACCACGUGUCAUGGAGUGUAUGCCAGAGUGUCCGUACCACAAGCCCCUGGGGUUGGAGGCUGGCUCAGUCAGACCAGACCAGAUCAGCUGUUCCAACGAGGACCAGUACACUGGCUGGUUCUCCUCCUGGCUCCCCAGCAAUGCCAGACUCAACAACCAGGGCUUUGGGUGUGCAUGGCUGUCUAAGUUCCAGGACAACAGCCAGUGGUUGCAGAUUGACCUGAAGGAGGUGAUGGUGGUGUCUGGUAUCCUGACCCAGGGGCGCUGUGACGCUGACGAAUGGAUCACCAAGUACAGCGUCCAGUACCGCACCGACCAGAAUCUCAACUGGAUCUACUACAAGGACCAGACGGGGAACAACAGGGUGUUCUACGGGAACUCGGACCGCUCCUCCUCGGUUCAGAACCUCCUGCGUCCUCCCAUGGUAACUCGCUACAUCCGUUUACUCCCUCUGGGCUGGCACACACGUAUCGCCAUCCGCAUGGAGCUGCUGCUCUGCAUGAGCAAGUGUACCUGAUUCUGUCUGUCCUGACGACCAGGGUCACACUCAGCAGGGUACAACACCGUGGAACGUUCAGACAGAAAAUGUAAUGAUUAGAACUAACAUGAUUCUACAUGAAUACACAGUCAUAUUGGUUCUACACAAUAUAUUUCUAUGUGAAGGUCCUGUAAUGAUACACCAUCCUGAACAGGCCCAAGGAGAGCCCUGGUCGUUCCCCUGGUCGUUCCCCUGGCUGUUCUCCUGGAUGUUCCCCUGGCUGUUCUCCUGGAUGUUCCCCUGGCUGUUCUCCUGGAUGUUCCCCUGGCUGUUCCCCUGGCUGUUCCCCUGGCUGUUCCCCUGGCUGUUCUCCUGGAUGUUCCCCUGGCUGUUCCCUAUGCCAAAGUGGAAUCUACUGCUCUGGAAAUCUUUGUUUCCUUUCCUUCCCCAAAACGGUUAAGUAAUAUCACUCUCCCAGGAAUUGGUUUUAUGUGUGAAAAGGUCCAUUCUGUUUUCAGAUCAGAUGUGUUACAACAGUUUUAUUUAUGAUAAUUUUUUUACAAUGAACAAAAAGGGGUGGAUGGCCAGUUGUUUCCACUUGGGUGAGGAAGAGGAGAUAAAUACAUGCUUAUGAACCGACAAACCCAGAGAAAUUGGGGAUGAUUAUGUGAUGAGGAAAGCUCAGAGAAAGAGAACACUACCAGUCCUGUGGUUAACUGGAUGUUGUGUACUGUACUGUGCUGUGUUGUGUACUGUACUGUGUUGUGUGUGUGGAUUCUGAUGUAGUUUGUGACAGUGAUGUAGAGAGUCCAGUGGAGGUAUCGUUCGUUGCUUGUUUUAUUGUAUUCAUUUAAAGUUGACCAAAACCAGUUCCUGAAAUAAAGACAAACUCUUGUA